GGUUCUGGACUUUCCCACUCUCGUUUUCGAAGCUGCUCUCUCUCUCUCUUCCAAAACCCUUGUUCCUCUUCUAGGGUUAGGGUUUGGGCUAGAGUUAGUUUCUCCUCUUUCCAACUUCUUCUUCUUCCUUAGGGUUUCAAAAUCGGAGUGGAUAGCGAUUCCUCUAUUGUUUCCGCGGUAUCAUCCGUCGUCGUUUUGAGUUGGUUGAGCUCGUUUCGGAUCUCGAUCUGUGGUCUCGAAUGAUGGAUACUCGUAAACGAGGGAGGAGUGAAGCUGGCGGCUUUCAUGCUAAUGGAGGCUUCAAGAAGAACAAGCAAGAACUGGACUCCUUAUCAACUGGUGUAGGAAGCAAAUCGAAGCCAUGCACCAAGUUUUUCAGCACCGCCGGCUGUCCUUUUGGUGAAAGUUGCCACUUCCUGCACUAUGUUCCUGGUGGCUACAAUGCUGUGGCUCAGGUGAUGAAUCUUGCACCUCCUCCUCAAUCAUCUAGAAACUUUGCAGGCCCACCAUCCCAUUCAAAUGGUUCCAGUGCACAUUCUGUUAAAACCCGCUUAUGCAAUAAAUUUAAUUCUGCCGAAGGCUGCAAAUUUGGUGACAAAUGCCAUUUUGCACAUGGUGAGAGGGAACUUGGCAAGCCCGUUUCUCAGUCAUAUGGCCAUGAUGAUCCCCGUGCCGUGGCACCUGCUCCAGGCCGUAUGGGUAAUUGGAUGGAGCCAGGGCAUGCACCCCUGCAAGGGCCGGCAUCUAGUUUUGGUGCUUCAUCUACUGCGAAGAUCAGUGUAGAUGCUUCACUUGCAGGAGCCAUUAUUGGGAAGGGUGGUGUAAAUUCAAAGCACAUUUGUCACCAGACAGGAGCCAAACUUGCAAUUCGGGACCAUGAGUCAGAUCCCAAUCUCAGGAACAUUGAACUCGAGGGAACCUUUGAACAGAUUCAGCAAGCUAGUGCCUUGGUGAGAGAGCUAAUUCAGAGCGUCUUGAUGUCUGGCCCUAACAAAACCCCUGGAAGAGGAGGCCCCGGAGCCCCCGCUCCUCCAGGAAGCAACUAUAGGACAAAGCUAUGCGAUAAUUUUACAAAAGGGACUUGCACCUUUGGAGAAAGAUGCCACUUUGCACAUGGAGCUGCUGAAUUGCGCAAGCCUGGAGUGUAAGGGCUCGUUCAGGUUUUCCUUGCAAUCAAUCUUGUAUUAGUGGAAGAGCUAUUUUGAUUUGUCAGCUGUGCAUUGCGCAACCUAGUGGAACUAACAAGAUUAUGAUAUCAAGAGUUUUUUCUUUUCGGCA